CCUUCCGCCCGCUCCUCACGGCGCUGAGAGGGAGGGAGGGGAGCACGCACUGUCCCCCGGGUCGAAGUACCUCCGAGCAAUUAAACGUUAAGUCGUUAAAUGCAACUGCGCGACCGCGUCUUCGGCUAAUUUAGUGGACUACAUAGGACACCAUGUCACGUUUUCUCCUUCGUUUUACGCGCAUUGUCACUAAAGGAGCUAAUUCCACUACAAAGGCAGUAUUAACAAGAAGGGGGGCUGCAGCCGUUCGUCCUAUUCACACAUGUUCGGGCUUGCUGUCUCUGACCCGUUACGAUGAGAGCACAGACUGGCAGAAGAAGCUAACCCCAGAGCAGUAUGUGGUAACCAGGGAGAAAGGCACGGAGGUGCCUUUCAGUGGCAUGUACGUGCACCACAGUGAAGCUGGGAUGUAUCACUGCGUUUGCUGCGAUUCACCCCUCUUCAGCUCAGAAACAAAAUACGAUUCGGGAACUGGUUGGCCAUCUUUCAACCAGGCCCACGGAACAUGGGAGCGAGAUGAAAGUCACGCCAGCAUCAUACGUCGCCCUGACAACUCACUUGGCAACACUGGAACAGAGGUCAUCUGCAAACACUGUGACGCACACCUCGGCCAUGUGUUUGAGGAUGGACCAGACCCAACCGGAGAAAGAUUCUGUAUCAACAGUGUGGCUCUGAACUUUAAACCCAGAGCAAAGUAAUGUCUCCCCGUCACCAGUAUACAAACAAAGCUCCAAAAAGACUUUUUUGUUUGUUUGUUUGGUUUUUUUUGUAAUUUUUUGUCAUGUGUCGUUUUGUUUAUGUGUGUGAAAAGAAUUUGUUUUUGGGUGACUGCUUCUUUCAAGGAAUCAGUGUAACCUUCAAAAGGCUGUUUCAAGUCAAUAAAUGCUAUGUUUUAU